AUGGGGCUCUUCUGCCCGCGCCUCCUUCUCUUGAUGCUGCUUGGUUUAUGGUGGCCAGGUUUGGCGUGGCAUCGGGUGGGAGCAGCUCAGGUCCGGGAGCACUACAUAGCCGCAGAGACUACCAGCUGGAGCUACAGACCCCAGUCCAAAGAACAGUCCAGAUUAGAAAAUUCAGAGCCUGUGUUUAAGAAAAUUGCCUAUAGAGAGUAUGAAGCAGAUUUUCAGAAAGCAAAACCGAGAGAUACUUUCUCAGGACUUCUGGGACCAACUCUGCGUGCUGAAGUGGGAGACACUUUAGUAGUUCACUUUAAGAACAUGGCCAACAAACCGCUGAGCAUUCACCCACAAGGCAUAGCUUACAACAAACUGUCAGAAGGUUCCUUGUAUGCUGACAGAACACCUUCUUUUGAAAAAGCGGAUGAUGCUGUGCUUCCAGGCCUGGUAUAUAAAUACAUUUGGGAGAUCACAGCAGAAAUUGGGCCUAAAGAAGCCGACCCUCCCUGUCUCACCUAUAUCUAUUACUCACAUGAGAACAUGGUGAUGGACUUUAACUCCGGUCUGAUUGGAGCAUUGCUUAUAUGUAAAAAAGGAAGCCUGAAGAAAGAUGGGACACAGAAACCGUUUGACAGAGAAUAUGUGUUGAUGUUUGCUGUGUUUGAUGAAAGCAAAAGCUGGCAAAAAUCAACCUCUCUCCUGUACACGAUUAAUGGUUACGCUAAUGGGACGUUGCCAGACCUAGGAGCUUGCACAUAUGAUCACAUUAGCUGGCAUUUGAUAGGAAUGAGCUCUAAACCAGAGAUAUUCUCCAUCCAUUUCAAUGGGCAAGUCCUGGAACAAAAUCGUCGCAAGGUCUCAACCGUCAACCUUGUGGGAGGUGCAUCAACCACAGCAAACAUGACUGUGAGCCAGAAAGGAAGAUGGCUAAUAUCUUCUCUUGUCCAGAAUCAUCUGCAAGCUGGAAUGCACGGUUACCUCAACAUAAAAGAACUUGUGGGGAAAGACUUGUUCAAGAAGAAAUUAUCCUUUAAGGAAGUGCGUAUGAUUAAGGACUGGGAAUAUUUCAUUGCUGCGGAAGAAAUCACCUGGGAUUAUGCUCCAGAAAUUCCAGAGACCAUUGAUAGGCAAUAUAAAUCUCAGUACUUGGACAACUUCUCAAAUCUCAUUGGGAAGAAGUAUAAAAAGGCCGUUUUCAGGCAGUAUGCAGAUUCCAACUUCAAUAAGCGUCUGGAGACUCCCCGGCCCAAGGAAAUGGGAAUUCUGGGCCCUGUCAUCAGAGCUCAGGUUAAAGACACAAUCAAGAUUGUGUUCAGAAAUAUGGCCAGUCGACCCUACAGCAUUUACCUCCAUGGAGUGACGCUUUCAAAGGAUGCAGAAGGAGCUACUGACCCCCUGGAUUCCAGAGAGAACAGCACUGUGAAUAAAGCAGUUCAACCAGGAGAAACCUACAUGUAUCAAUGGAGCAUCGUGGACACGGAUCAGCCCACCGUAGAGGAUGCCCAGUGUCUAACGAGAUUAUAUCACAGUGCUGUAGAUGUAACCAGGGAUAUAGCCUCUGGACUGAUUGGCCCACUUCUGAUUUGUAAAAGUGAAACACUGGACCAGAGGGGUGUGCAGAAAAAGGCGGAUGCAGAGCAGCAGGCCGUGUUUGCUGUAUUUGAUGAAAACAAGAGUUGGUACUUAGAGGAUAACAUCAAGCAGUACUGCAGCAGCCCCUCCAGUGUUAAAAGGGAUGAUCCCAAGUUCUACAGGUCUAACGUAAUGCACACAAUAAAUGGCUACAUGUCUGACAGAACUGAAAUCCUUAGCUUUUGCCAUGAUGACAUUGUGCAGUGGCAUGUCUCCAGUAUUGGCACCCAGGAUGAGGUAGUGUCCAUACGCCUUUCUGGUCACACUUUUUUGACUCGAGGGAAGUAUGAAGAUGUACUAAAUCUUUUUCCCAUGAGCGGAGAAUCGGUCACUGUAGAAAUGGACAACGUUGGUACAUGGCUUUUUGCAUCCUGGGGUUCCCCUGAGAUGAGCCAUGGCAUGAGGCUGAGGUUUAGAGAUGCCAAAUGUGAAAAAGAUGUAGAUGAUUAUUCUGAUGAGGAGGACUCGUACAAAAUCAUACAUUUCUCCUCUGAGAAGACUUUUAAAAAUGUGCCUGUAACCUCACCCCAAACUGGAGGAGAAACAGAAGAAACAUCAGAAAAAAAACAGCAGUCUUCUGAUGAUUAUGAUUAUCAAGAUUUUCUGGCCUCAAGUUUGGGGCUUCGGACAUUUGGGAAGAAAUCAAUGGUCCAGGAUGAAAUGCAGAAUCUUACUUCUCUGGCCAUAGAUGAGUACUUUGGCACCAUCACUAAGAGUGCUGAUGUGGCUGCUGGCUCAGAUCCGCCAUUCAUAGAGAACAGUGAUACCUUGGGCACUGAUGAGCUCUUGGAAACGCAAAGCACUGCUUCUCUCCCAACCGAGGCUGGGUGCCUCCAUAAAAAUUGCACAGUGGCGGCAGAAGAACAUUCACUUCCAGUCACCACAACAGCAGUAAGUCCUGGCUUGGCAUCUGAAGCUGGAAACCAAAGUGACUAUGAAGCAAAUCAGAGUCAGGUGUCACGAAAUUACGAGAAAACACUUGCAGGUGAACCACUGAGGACCAGGGAAGAAGCCCAAACAAAAGAUCUAGCAGAACUGUUACCUGACAGAGGGGACAGCAUGAAGUCCUCCUUUGCAACGCUCUAUUCUGAGGAGCCACAAGUGGAAAGUUCAGGAGGAGAAUACAAUUUCAGUAGAAAGAGGGAAAGGCGAGACCUGCUAGAGACUAAGUUUUACACCAUUAAAAAGAUGAAAGCCCUCUUUGAUCAUAUACAGCAGAAUAAAAGUCUUUCCUCUCUUGGCAAAACCAGUUCAGACAGAGCACCUCUUUCUGCUCACCAUGCAGAGAAUAUUUCCAGUUCCGAUAUGUUAGGGACUGACCAACUUCCAAAUCAAUAUGUUGAAGACCAGGACAUGGAGGAGGAAGAGAAGGAGGAAACCAAGAAAGAAAAUGGUCAAUUUCCCAAACAUGCAGAUAACUUGACCUUUUCUGUGGGACACAGGGCAGAAAACAAUGAGUUAAACAUGUUUAAUCUCUCUGAUUUAGAACUAUCCAAAGAUAAACAAGAAAGAGAUUUUAGUCGAGAUUAUGCAUUGGAUAUCUUAGUUCCUACUCGCAGUCCAGUGGUGGCAAAGGACAUGCUGGAAAAGCUGUCGCCAAGGGAUAUGAAUUCUUCAUCUAAAAUUAUGAAUGAGAACAGGAAUUUGUCCUCUGGGAAGGAGAGAGAUGGGAUGGAGACAAAUUCAGCUCAGGCUACUGAUGAGUUACAGAAUCAUUCCAGAAAUGCUACAAUGCCUACAAGAGAGAGUGUAUCCUUGAAGAAGAAGCAGCAGCAAGGGAAAUUCAAAGGCUACUCACAGUUUACAGACGGUCAUUGGAAAGUAAGCAGCAAGCAUCCAACUCUGAAAGGGGAGAAGAGAAAUGUGAAUGGCACCUUGAGUACAUCUGUGAUUCUCAUCAAGACCCGAAGGAGGAAAAAGGAUAAUCAAAAGUAUAGUAGUCUCUCAUUGAUACCCAGAGGUAUGAGACCCCCAAAGGUAACUGGAGAGCUCAACUGCACAUUAUUGUCCAAUGAGGCCAACCACACAGUGUCCCUUUGUGAGGCCAACAAUACAGAAUCGCCCAGUGAAGCCAACCUCCCAGUUUUGCCAAGCAGGGUUAACUACACGCUGACCCCAAGACAAUUUAAGCCAGUCAUCAUAGGGCUUCCCAGUGGGAGUGGGGACUAUAAGGAGUAUGUUCCAGGAGGCUUUGACAGUGAGGAAAUUGAAGAUUACGCGUAUUCAUAUGCAUACGUAGAAUUUGAUGAUCCAUACACAAAGGACCCCAGAUUCAACAUUAAUAAUGUCCGUAACCCUGAUGACAUUGCUGUGCAUUAUCUACGCAGCAGAGGGAACAUGAGGAGAUACUACAUUGCAGCCGAAGAGGUCUUCUGGGACUAUGCAGGAUUAAAGAAAAGCACAAUGAGGAAUGACAGAAGUAGCCAUGAUGGGGGCAACACCAUAUACAAAAAAGUGAUUUUCCGAAGCUAUGUGGAUAGUACCUUUACAACUCGGGAGCCCGAAGGGGAGUAUGAAGAACACCUGGGUAUCCUGGGUCCUGUUAUCAGGGCUGAGGUAGAUGAUGUCAUCCAAGUUCAUUUUAAAAAUCUCGCAUCCAGACCAUAUUCCCUCCAUUCCCAUGGGCUUUUCUAUGAGAAAUCCUCUGAGGGAACCAGUUAUGAAGAUGAGUCUCCAGACUGGUUCAAAAAGGAUGAUGCAGUUCAGCCAAAUGACACCUAUACCUACGUAUGGUUUGCAACCAAGCGGUCUGGACCUAUACAACCUGGAGCAGCCUGUAGGUCCUGGGCCUAUUACUCCGCUAUAAACCCGGAGAAAGAUAUUCAUUCAGGCUUGAUUGGUCCAAUCUUGAUCUGUCAAAAGGGAACCCUCAGUACAAGUAACAACAGGCCAGUCGAUACCCGAGAGUUUGUCCUGCUUUUUAUGGUCUUUGAUGAAGAGAAAAGCUGGUACUUCAAUAAACAUUCCAAAAGGACUUACAGUGAGAAGACCUCAGAAGUGCAAAAAUAUCAUAAAUUCCAUGGAGAGCUGGAAGAAAAAUUUCAGCUGAAACAGUUUUCAAUUGAAUUGAAAAUGCUGAUCUGA